AUGGAGGCAACGAAAGAGAGAAUAGAGAAGGAACAGAACAAGAAGAAGAUAGUGCAAUCUUCCCUGGCCGCCAAUGAGUCGGGAAAGUCCAACGACACGGCGAGAGCUAUCGUUCGCGAAUCUAUAGUUGAAGGCGGAGACGGUGACGGAGACGGCGGCAGCAAAAGAAACGGUGGUGCACACAAGCCGGAGGACAUUCUUGCUUUCUCAAGAACCGUACGGAAUAUCGAUUCGUCGCUUGAAUUCAAGCUUCCAGAGAACGUUUUGACGGAUCAGGUCACGGCGUGGAUGGAGGAUGAAUUUCUCGUCGUGUUCGUCGCGAAAGAUGGUUCGCAUUCUUCGCCGCCGUCGCUUCCACCGGAGAAUCGGAACGUGAGAGUCGUAGAAAUUAUCGGCGACGAUGAGUGA